UUACCUUCUGGGUGGAAUUGCCACGACAUGGGCAUUCUUCUUAGCGAGAAUUAUUGCAGUAGGAUAGUGGCUAGGAGGAUUUGAAAGGCAUUAUGGAAUUAAGAUUUCCCAGGUUUAGCCAAGGCUUAGCUCAGGACCCCACUACUCGUCGUAUUUGGUUUGGUAUUGCUACCGCACAUGAUUUCGAAAGUCAUGAUGAUAUUACUGAAGAACGUCUUUAUCAGAACAUUUUUGCUUCUCACUUUGGGCAAUUAGCAAUAAUCUUUCUAUGGACGUCCGGAAAUCUGUUUCAUGUAGCUUGGCAAGGAAAUUUUGAAUCAUGGAUACAGGAUCCUUUACACGUAAGACCUAUUGCUCAUGCGAUUUGGGAUCCUCAUUUUGGUCAACCCGCUGUGGAAGCCUUUACUCGAGGAGGUGCUGCUGGUCCAGUGAAUAUUGCUUAUUCUGGGGUUUAUCAGUGGUGGUAUACAAUAGGAUUACGCACCAAUGAAGAUCUUUAUACUGGAGCUCUUUUUCUAUUAUUUCUUUCUACGCUGUCCUUAAUAGCGAGUUGGUUACAUCUACAACCCAAAUGGAAACCAAGCCUUUCGUGGUUCAAAAACGCGGAAUCUCGUCUCAAUCAUCAUUUGUCAGGACUUUUCGGGGUAAGUUCUUUGGCUUGGACAGGACAUUUAGUUCAUGUUGCUAUUCCCGCAUCCAGGGGGGAGUACGUUCGAUGGAAUAAUUUCUUAGAUGUAUUACCCUAUCCCCAGGGGUUGGGACCCCUUUUGACGGGUCAGUGGAAUCUUUAUGCCCAAAACCCUGAUUCGAGUAAUCAUUUAUUUGGUACCGCUCAAGGAGCGGGAACUGCCAUUCUAACUCUUCUUGGGGGAUUCCAUCCACAAACACAAAGUUUGUGGCUGACUGAUAUGGCUCACCAUCAUUUAGCUAUUGCAUUUAUUUUUCUCAUUGCCGGUCACAUGUAUCGAACUAACUUCGGAAUUGGGCACAGUAUUAAAGAUCUUUUAGAAGCGCAUACUCCUCCGGGGGGUCGAUUAGGGCGUGGGCAUAAGGGCCUUUAUGACACAAUCAACAAUUCGAUUCAUUUUCAGUUAGGUCUUGCUCUAGCUUCUUUAGGGGUUAUUACUUCCUUAGUAGCUCAACAUAUGUACUCUUUACCUCCUUAUGCAUUCAUAGCACAAGACUUUACUACUCAAGCUGCUUUAUAUACUCAUCACCAAUAUAUUGCGGGGUUCAUCAUGACAGGGGCUUUUGCUCAUGGAGCUAUUUUUUUCAUUAGGGAUUACAAUCCGGAACAGAAUGAGGAUAAUGUAUUGGCAAGAAUGUUAGACCAUAAAGAAGCUAUCAUAUCUCAUUUAAGUUGGGCUAGCCUCUUUCUAGGAUUCCAUACCUUGGGCCUUUAUGUUCAUAACGACGUCAUGCUUGCUUUUGGUACUCCAGAAAAGCAAAUCUUGAUCGAACCUAUAUUUGCCCAAUGGAUACAAUCUGCUCAUGGCAAGACGACAUAUGGGUUCGAUAUACUCUUAUCUUCAACGAAUGGCCCCGCUUUCAAUGCGGGUCGAAGCCUAUGGUUGCCCGGAUGGUUGAAUGCUGUUAAUGAGAAUAGUAAUUCGCUUUUCUUAACAAUAGGACCUGGGGAUUUCUUGGUUCAUCAUGCUAUUGCUCUAGGUUUGCAUACAACUACAUUGAUUUUAGUAAAGGGCGCUUUAGACGCACGCGGUUCCAAAUUAAUGCCGGAUAAAAAGGAUUUUGGGUAUAGUUUUCCUUGUGACGGCCCAGGGCGCGGCGGUACUUGUGAUAUUUCUGCUUGGGACGCAUUUUAUUUGGCAGUUUUCUGGAUGUUAAAUACCAUUGGGUGGGUUACUUUUUAUUGGCAUUGGAAACAUAUCACAUUAUGGCAGGGCAACGUUUCACAAUUUAAUGAAUCCUCCACUUAUUUGAUGGGAUGGUUAAGAGAUUACCUAUGGUUAAACUCUUCACAACUUAUCAAUGGAUAUAAUCCUUUUGGGAUGAAUAGUUUAUCGGUAUGGGCUUGGAUGUUCUUAUUUGGACAUCUUGUUUGGGCUACUGGAUUUAUGUUCUUAAUUUCUUGGCGGGGGUAUUGGCAGGAAUUAAUUGAGACUUUAGCAUGGGCUCAUGAACGCACACCUUUAGCUAAUUUAAUUCGCUGGAGAGAUAAGCCUGUGGCUCUUUCCAUUGUGCAAGCAAGAUUGGUUGGAUUAGCUCACUUUUCCGUGGGUUAUAUAUUCACUUAUGCAGCUUUCUUGAUUGCCUCAACAUCAGGCAAGUUUGGUUAAUUUAGUUUGUUUUUUUGUACUGUAUCAGCACCUAGUUCAUUACUCUUGAUAGAGAGGGAGGAUCCGCCUUCUUAAAUUUCUUUUUCUAUUUAUUUUUCCAUCUAGGAUUAGAACCGUAUACUUGAUAAUAAUAGCAACGGCACAUUAUGGCAAAAAAGAGUUUGAUUCAGAGGGAGAAGAAGCGGCAGAAAUUAGAACAGAAAUAUCAUUUGAUUCGUCAAUCUUUAAAAAAAAAGAUAAGAAGCAAAGUUUCUCCCUUGAGUUUGAGUGAAAAAACGAAAAUGCGAGAAAAAUUGCAAUCCCUACCGCGUAAUAGUGCACCUACACGCCUUCAUCGACGUUGUUUUUUGACCGGAAGACCUAGAGCUAACUAUCGACAUUUUGGGCUAUCCGGACACGUACUUCGAGAAAUGGUUUAUGAAUGUUUAUUACCGGGUGCAACAAGAUCCAGUUGGUAAGGAUAAAAUACCCUUUCGUAUUUGUAUGGAUUUCUGGAAUUGAUAAUCAUAGAGGAGCCCUCUUUACCAUUCUGUAUAAAUGGACUAUUCUAUUUGUAUAGAUAUGGUAGAGGGACGUAUCGAACCCUCUUUUAUCCACUAGUUACCCCUCUUUAGUUUAAGAGUAUAGAGCAGUUUGGUAGCUCAUAAGUCUCAUAACCUUGGGGUUGCGGGUUCGAUUCCCACUACCGGCCCCAUACUCCUUCUUUAAUGAUAUAUGCAUGAUAUAUACAUCAUCCAUUUGUAUCUGGAUUUUUUGAUUUCCUAAAAGAGUUUUGGUCUAACAGUUUUUUCUCGGAAGAAGACAACAAAUAAAAGAAAGAAUAAAAGAAAGAAUAAAAUACGAAA